GAUAAUUGCGGGAUUGGAAAUCAUCGGGAGAGUUGGAGUUAAUCGCGGCAGUGAUCACGCGUGGGGAUAGCGCGCGGUUGUUGUUUUCGCGAGCCUACCUACCACGGACGCAACUACCACGGGCGCGGUGGCGUUGUUGUAGCCUCGUGAAGGUUUGCAGUGUUCUUGUCGCCUGGGUGCUUGCUGACUCAGGGUUACCGGGAGAGAGAUCUUACCAGAACCAAGCCAAACUUCAGAAAAGGGCAGGAAAAGGUGAAUCUCCCCCCCAUGGCAGCGACCACAGCCGUAGCCGUGCGCCGUCUCUCCGCCGCCGGCGAGGUGCGAUCGGCCCUCGCUUUGCUCGCCCGUGGCGCAAAGGCGGGCGACACGACGCUGGACGUGGCCGCGUGCACAGCGCUCGUCCACGGCUACUGCAGGAGCGGCGACGUGGCGGAAGCACAGAGGGUGUUCGACGUAAUGCCGCGCUUGGGAUUGACCCCUAACGAGGUCACUUUCACUGCUCUGAUCCACGGUUACUUCAUCCAUGGACGCAGAGAGAAGGGCUUGGCCUUGUUUGAGAAGAUGCGGAUAGGUGGAAUUGAGCCAAAUCUCUACACCUACAACAUUUUGGUUGGUGAGUGGUGCAGGACUGGGGAAUUUGAGCGUGCCCGCCUCCUGUUUGAAGAAAUGCCUGCAAAGGGUAUCACACGCAAUGUUGUCAGCUAUAACACUCUCAUUGCUGGGCUAUGCAGAUAUAGAAAGAUGAAGGAUGCCACCCAGCUGCUGGAAUUGAUGCGAAGAGAGGGUAUCCGUCCAAGUGUCGUGACGUUCAACCUUCUUGUCGAUGGAUAUGGCAAAGCUGGGAAGAUGUCCAAUGCUUUGCAUUUCUCCAACCAAAUGAGGAUGGCUGGGUAUCAACCCAGUGCUGUCACGUAUAAUGCUCUUAUUGCCGGGUUCUGUCGUGCUAGAGAUAUGAUCCGUGCAAACAGGGCUUUCUCUGACAUGAAGGAGCGAGGAUUGGCACCCACAAAAGUGACGUACACCAUACUGAUUGAUGCAUUUGCUCGGGAGAAUGACAUGGACAAGGCUUUUGAGAUGUUUGCAGGGAUGGAGAAGGCUGGUUUAGAGGUGGAUGUGCGCACUUACGGUGUUUUGGUGCAUGCUCUCUGCAUGGAAGGGAACAUGAAGGAUGCCAGAAAAUUGUUCCAGUCAAUAGGCGAGAAAGGUCUUCAGGUGGGCAAUGUCAUCUAUGACAUGUUGAUUUAUGGCUAUGGACGAGAAGGAAGCUCUUACAAGGCUAUGAAAUUAAUUAUGGAGAUGAGGAAAAAGGGCUUUGUUCCAAAUUCCGCUAGUUAUGGCCUGACAAUCCGUAUUCUUUGCAAUGACGGUAAAUGUUCGGAAGCUGAAGCUCUGAUUGAUGACAUGGUGCGUGCUGGUGUACAAACAAGUGAGUCGGUCCGCCAAGUGCUAUUGAAUGCCAAGGCAAGACAGGGAAGUCCCACUGAUGACUUUUUCACUUAGGCAGUCAGGAUGGACAAUAGUGGUCAGCAAAUUCACAGCAGUUGAAACUUGAAAGGAGCACUUUCUGCAAUAUUAAGAGAAAAAUCUGCCGAAGAGUGGAAUCGCGGAGCAUCCAAAUUGACGAAAGAGAAAAUCUAUGCCAGCUGGCAGAGAGCAGGAAUCGAUCGAUUUGAAGAUUUGGACAGAUGGGUAGUCGGUCAGGGCAAACAACACCCGAAAGGAAAUUGAUCAUCCGAGCUUCCAAUCCUUACAAUGGUUGUUUUUGUUGGGCUCCAUUGCACACAAAGUGUAUGGCUACCGGACCUUUAGGCUUGAUCCUUGGGAAGUCUAGUUCUCAAUACCAAAGCCGGACAGUUUUGCAUCAUGUGGUUGAGCCCUUGCUAAGGUCAUUCGAUGAGAUCAUCUUCCAUUAGAAGUGCUGAAUAAUUUUUUGUAUUAGAAUUUUGUUUUUUUUUCCGGUUCUUGCUUUGGUAGUUUACGUGGGGAUAAAGAAAUUUGCUCGGCACUUGUAAGAUUCUCGAGGAAUUAAUUUAUGCUUGAUUAGAGUAUGUUUCAUAAUUUCACUGUGCGGACACUCCAUGCGCUAUAGCAAAAGAAUUCCUGCAAACAACAAGUCAACAACUAAUGCAAGUGGAGAGAUCUCCUUUACAGGUUGCUCCCUUCUGUAAAUUAUUUGUAACUUAUGGCAUUCACUAAGAGUGUUUCUGGACAGGUCAACAAGGUGAAAUUAAUAUAUCUCGUGCCACUCUAUUCUGAUGGGUGCAGUGAAGCACGUCAGAAGAUUUUUCGUAUCUGUGGCAACUAGGGUGUUUGAUGGGAAUCCAGGCAGCAGAUUCGGGCUUAGCUGCAGAAGGCGGAGGCAGAAGGAAAGGCGUUGCAACAGGGAGCGGAACCUCUUCUCCUCUAGACAAAUCAGGGACAUUGGAGAUGCGGAAUCGACCGGCAACAAUGAAAGGCCUGCUCCGUAGCCCUCAAAGAAGGUGCCGGAUUUGAACGGUGAUGCUGAAAUGCCUGCUCCAUAAGCUCCAAAUAAGCCGCUGGACUCCGUAGGUAGGUGUGGGUGGCCUGGACUGGUUUGGUAUGGAACUUGCAUGUUCCCUUGGUUGUAUGCAGGGAGCUGGCGGUGCUGACCAAAGGGAUUGAUGCUUGGAUGGUGAGGAUGCAGAUUGGAGGGAUAUUGAGAGGAUGCAAACAGGUUCAUGGCAGCAGCUUGGAGGUGUUGUUGGUAUAGGCUAUUUUUAUUUUUUGGAACUGCACUUCUCUCCAUUUGAUGAAUGAUUGGGCUUCAUUUGUUUUUGAUGUGUUGUUUUUUUUUACAAGGGAAAACAGCAGGCUCCUACUGCGCUUGUAUUAAAGUCAGGAGAAAAAAAUACAUGGUAGCACAUAUAUGCAGAAAACAAAACAAGGAAACUGAGCUUGAAAACCUCAGCCAUUUUGAUGUGU